AUGUCUAAGUUGAAAUCCGUAAAUCUGGCUAAUCUGGCAGCCAACGCUAAAUUCGCUUGGACAAGCAAGAUAGCCUGCGAUUCGAAGAGACGAGUGCAGCUGACGCCAGAGCAGACCAGUGAUUUUUAUGCCGAGCAUUACGGGAAGAUGUUCUUCCCCAAUCUUGUCACGUUUAUGUCGAGUGGACCCGUGCUUGCUCUCAUCUUAGCACAGGAUAAGGCAAUAUCUAAAUGGAGAGAAAUGAUUGGUCCUACAAACACUCAAAAUGCUAGAGAGAUACAGCCGGAAAGCUUGCGGGCGAUCUACGGAACGGACGGCACGCGAAACGGAGUGCAUGGGAGCGAUAGCUUCUCCAGCGCCGAGAGAGAGAUCAGAUUCUUCUUUCCCGAGAGAGUAGCUUACCCUAUAAUGCAGAGACGUGAUUCCCUGCAGAGUGUUACCGUACUCUGGGAGGAUUAG